AUGGCCGCCGCCGAUGUGCGCGACAUGCUGGAUUUGCCCGCAGAGGGCCAGCCUCGACCUCACAAGAAACAGAAGGUGGUCGAGAAGAGACCAGAGGGUAUCACUCGCGAGCUCUACGCGCUUCUAGGCGAAAGGGCGCCUCCGAUCGCCAUCAACGAGAACAGAUACAAGGGAAGGCCGAAAUGGAUGAGCAAGCUCAGGGUGCGCCCAUGGCAAAUGACCCCCUUCACCAACAAUGCUCGAUCGGAUGGACUUGUCCUGCGUCACUGGCAAAGACAACCAGAGUCCGCAAAAGCAACGGCACUUGAAGGAGCUUCGGAGAUGGAGGUCGAUGAGGCGAAAGUGGAAGGAGACGCUGCAAAACCAGAACAGGAGUAUGCAUUUGCAAAAUACAAUGUCAAACCUCGAGUACCGAGACGCUACACGGACGAUGAAUACAACCGGCACUUGAAGAGCGAUGACUGGUCGCGGCAGGAAACGGACUAUUUGAUGGACCUUGUCGAAGAGUACAACCUCCGCUGGGUGGUUAUUGCCGAUCGCUACGAUUUCCAGCCUCAACCCAUGGACGCCGAAGCGAAUGCGACCGCGCUCGUCCCGGCUAAACGGUAUCGAACAAUGGAGCAGAUGAAGGCGCGAUACUAUUUCAUUGCUGCGUCGAUGCUCGCCCUGGAACAUCCUCCCUCAGAAAUGUCCGAAGCCGAAUUCGACCUGCACGAGAAGAUGAUGAAGUUCGACCCAGACCGCGAGCGGGCUCGCAAAGAACUUGCUGCACUCCAACUAAACCGCACCGCAGACGAAGUACGCGAGGAAGGCAUACUUUUGGAAGAGCUCAAACGCAUCACAUCCAACGAGCAAAACUUCAUGACCGAACGCAGGGAGCUCUACUCCAGACUCGAAGUGCCCAUCAGUGUGGGCAAUACUACCAUGUACCAGUCUAGCCAGGGUUUAUCCCAGCUCCUGCAAACCCUCCUCCAAGCCGACAAGAGCAAGAAGCGACGCUCCAUUCUCGGACCUGAAGCCGCCGCUCCCAGCCCCGCUGGACAAACACCUACAUCGAACGCCCCAACCAGCGCACGCGACAGCCGAGCAGAUACCCCCAGCCACGCAUCCGCCGGUCCAUCCAGCAAGAAGGGAUCAGCCGCCGUCGCCGCCGCAGCCAAAGAGCCCCCGCAAACCGUCAAGACGCUCACCCCAGCCGAAGAAGCCCGGUACGGCGUACAGCACCACGACCGUCUCGCUCCGGGCGUGCAGUUCCGAAGCGACCGCGCGCAGAAGCUCACCCAAGCCAAGUCCAACGUGCAGUCUCAGAAACUCGCCACGGCGCUGUCAGAGCUGGAGAUCCCGCCGCGUCUGCUUAUGCCUACGGAGCGCGUGUGCAAAGAAUUCGAGAAGCUUAUCCAUUCGGUCAACCUGUUGCUUGAUGCGCGCAAAGUGUCUGAGAAGAUUGAGAGUGAGAUCCGUGUUCUGGAAGCAGCCAGAGAGGAAAGAGAGCGCAAGACGAAGGAGGUCAAGGACAAGGGGAAGCCGGAGGUUAAGUCCGAAGAGGUGGAAAAUCCUGACUCUACAGCUGGAGACUCUGCUACGGCUGCUCCCGCGGCAGACGAGCGUGCGGAAAAGGGACGACAAAGUGCCGAAGAUGCGGAUCAGAGUGCGGGGGACCGCCAUGGUGUAUCCCAUAAACGUUCAGCCAGUGUACUGAGCAAUGGAAGCGAUAAGAGUACCAAGCGGCAAAAGAAAUAG